AUGAAAUACAAGGACAAUGAGAAUGAGAAGGAUAGAUUCUGUAGCAGCCGAAGUAAGUUAGAUCCGACCCCUCUUGAUCUAAAGAAGGCUACCAAACGCAAGGAGCUAGAUAACGAUGAGGACAAUGAUAAGAAAGACACAAACCUAAGUAAGUUAGAUUCGCUCCCUCUUGAUCUAAAGUCAGCUAUACUUACUAGAAUACCUGCCAAGUCUCUUAUAAAGCUGCGUUGCGUGUCAAAGACUUGGUCUUCCAUCGUCCGAAGCAGAGGACUCAUUGAUUCCUUCUUCUCUAUGUCCUCGAAGCAAUCGCGGUUUAUAGUCGCUUUGUGUAACGGUGUAUACGGCAACCCUGAGGAGAGGCUUAUCUUCUUCUUCUCGUUUUCACACGACGAGGGAGAGGAUCAGUCUUCUUCUUUGGUACCAAAUCUUGAGAUGGUUCUUCCUUCUUUGAGCUUUAGUUAUCACUCAGGUUCUUGCACUUCUUUACAUGGCAUUCUCGCGGUUGAAGCUGACUAUAGGUUGACGAUUUGUAACCCUAGCACCGAGCAAGCCAUAAAGUUGCCCAAGGCCAGUACUUUUGUGGGAUACGAUCCCAUUGAUGAUCAAUACAAAGCGUUAUCUAUGGAUACUAGAACUAGGGAUGAUCCUAGUGGUUAUCUAGAGCACAAAGUGUUAACAUUGGGAGGUGGUCAAGGAUGGAGAACCAUUGACGAUACCCCUUUUUAUAGGGAGAUACUAUCGAGUGUAUGCAUCAAUGGGUUUCUUUACUAUGGUACUUAUUGCUUAACCCAAAUGUAUGAUCAAGUUAUGGUGUGUUUCGAUGUUAGAUCUGAGAAGCUAAGUUUUAUCACUACACCUAAAGAUGUUUUGCAAUGGGGAAAGCAAUCAAUAUUCAUAGAAUACAAAGGGAAGCUAGCUUCCAUUGUGAGAUUCCCUCAUGGAGCUUUCCGUAGUUUUGAUUUAUGGAUACUUGAAGAUGUCCAGAGACAUGAAUGGUCAAAACGAACAUGUGUGAUUCCCAUCUCUGUGUGGGAUGAUGUUGAGCCUGGUCGGAUGUCUUUCCCCGGUACAAACAAGGCUGGUGAGAUCAUUAUGGCUCCUAGUUUGUUGUCAUGCAUUGUUCGACCUUUCUAUAUUUUCUACUACAAUGUUGAAACUAGAAACAUAAGAAGAGUUAGGCUCCUAGGAAUUGGAGAUGAUAAAGAGUUUAGGCGUUGUUACGGACUCGGGAAAAACACCGAUUGUUUUGUCAAUAUCGCACAUCAACACGUAGAGAGUAUUUCCUUUUUUAAGGAUCCUAUAAUAUAA